CGGGAACUUCCACUUGGCAUUGAUUCAAUCCCAUCUCAACAUGCUUCUUCUUCUUCUGCUCUCUUGAUUACUUGCUCUUUCAUGUCACCAAUUGUAUCACCACCCUAUUUCGAUUCCUAGACUAGAUCUGCUCUAGCAUUCACAACAAAACAAUCGCGGCACAUGCUCGCCUCAUAGACGACACAUUGGUAGUUGUGGUCACCCCGCCAUCCACAACCAACUCGAUACCGACCUGACCCAGCGACGGUACACAAUCUGAUUCCCCUCCUCGCCCAAGUUCCGAACCCAGUCCAGUCGGCAUCUCGACAACAUGAUACAACCUCUGGUUAAAGCCAGUAGGCCCCGGCUGUGGGUCUGCUCCGACUGCCUUCUCCGACGCACUCUCUCUCCUCUGCUCAGACAGCAACGACGACGAUUCACAGGCUUUACUGCGCAUGCUCCCAAGACCUUGACGGGCACCAUCCCCGUCACCCACAAGAACGGCGACACAAAACACGAUGACUCUCUUCUACGAUCCAUCUUCGACUCGCCCGAAACAUGGAAGCAGUUCUCCGGCGACAAGCAUGGCCGAAACGUCGGCCUCUUCCGCAACGCAUACCUCACCAGCCCCCAUGGCUUCCUCGACUUUGCCCAUGUGAGCUUGGGAAAGGCUCGUGCCCUGGUCGACAAGGUCCUCAACGCCCAAUCUCUCGACGAAUACCGCGCCAUUGUCCGCCAUCUCGACCGCCUAAGCGAUAUCCUGUGUCGCGUCUUGGACAUGGCCGACUUUGUGCGCGUCACCCAUCCUGACCAGCAAAUCCAGCGGACCGCCUCGAUGGCCUGGGACAUGAUGUACGAGUACAUGAACCAGCUCAACACCAUGACGGGCUUGUACGACCAGUUGGUCCAGGCAAUGGACAACCCACAGGUUAGCACCACCUGGUCUGAGGAGGAGAGGAUGGUGGCCGAGGUCCUCAAGCUCGACUUCGCCAAGUCCGCCGUUCACCUGCCCAAGGACGCCCGGGACAAGUUUGUACACCUGUCGUCGGCAAUUAGCCAGACGGGAACCAACUUUAUCCAGCACAUGGAACCCAAGAUCCCAUACACCACUGUUGAAAAGUCCCGGAUGAUGGGCAUGGAUCCCGUAGAGGUCAAGAGGAUGGCUUCCAUGGGCAAAGUGUACGUCCAAACUCUGAGUCCCCAGGCCUCAAUAGCACUCCGUACUGUACGCGAUGACCACGCCCGACACCAACUAUUCAUGGCUUCUCGCACCGCUUCCCGCAGGACUGUCCAUACCUUGGAGGAGCUCAUGUUGUUGCGUGGUGAGUCGGCCAAGCUCUCGGGUUUCGAGAGUUAUGGCCACCUCGUCCUCCACGACCGUAUGAUGGCCAGCACCCCCGAGUCUGUGAGACAGUUUCUCCAAGCUUUGUCCGAAAACACCAGACCUCAAGCUCAACAGGAGGUGGCUGAUCUCACAGCAGCCAAGAGGGCGCACAAGGGCGGCGAUGCAACCCUCGAGCCCUGGGACAAGGACUUUUACGCCGAGUCCAUCCGUCAGGCCAUCAAGUCCCGGCAGAAGCGUGAAGACCUGUCCUCUUACUUCUCCCUCGGCACCGUUAUGCAAGGCCUUUCCAGGAUAUUCACGCGCCUCUACGGUAUUCGCUUCGUUCCCCGCGAGCCCAUGCCCGGUGAGACCUGGCACCCUGACGUGCGUCGGUUAGAUGUUGUCUCGGAUGUUGAAGGCCAUGUCGCCGUCCUAUACUGCGAUCUAUUUUACCGCCCCCUCAAGUCGCCCAACCCAGCUCACUUUACUCUCCGCUGCUCUCGUGAGCUGUCGCCCCACGAGAUUGCUGAAACUGCCCAUACCCAAGCCGAGAACCCACAUGUGUUGAUUCCCUCCUUCGAGUCUGCCGAGUUUGCUGCCAAUGAUGGGAUGGCCUACUCUCGCUCCCAGGAUGGUGCUAUCAAGCAACUCCCCACCAUUGCUCUUGUGUGUGACUUUCCCCAGCAAUCCCACAACCGGCCCGCCCUUCUGUCUUUCUUUCAGCUUGAAACGCUUUUCCACGAGAUGGGUCACGCGAUUCACUCCAUCCUGGCCCGAACCUCCUUCCAGAACGUUAGUGGUACCCGAUGCGCCACUGAUCUCGCCGAGCUUCCUUCUACUUUGAUGGAAUACUUUGCUGCUGACCCGUCUGUUCUCGCCCUAUUCGCACGCCACUACGAGACUGACAACCCCCUUCCCUAUGAGUGGGUCGACAACAAGAUCCGCGAGGCCCGUCGCUUCGAGGCGCUGGAUACUGAAAAUCAAAUCAUCCUUGCCAUGCUCGACCAGGAAUUGCACUCGUCCAAGGCGGUGCAAGGCCACAUUGACUCCACCGAAAUCUUUCACAGCCUUCAGAGACAGUUCAGCACCGCCCCGCCGGACCCCCAAGGAACGGCAUGGCAGGGCUUUUUCGGCCACUUGGUCGGAUACGGCAGCACAUAUUACAGUUACCUCUUUGACCGGGUCUUGGCUCAGAGGGUAUGGAAUGUCGUAUUCAACAGUGGACAAGGCGGAGCAGCACUGCAGAGAGAAAACGGAGAGAGGUUGAAGGAAAACCUGCUCAAGUGGGGAGGUAGCAAGGACCCUUGGAAGUGCCUUGCGGGUGCAUUGAAGGAUGAGAGGUUAGAGGGAGGUGGAGAGAAGGCAAUGAAGUUGGUUGGAAGCUGGGGAGGUCAGCGGGGGACAAAGAGCGACCAAGCAGUAUAGCAGUAAGAUAUGGCAACCUGAAAAACCAGUGGCCGCUCCUGGCUGAACAGUUGACACCAAAAGAGCAAGUAAAGAGGUACACUGCCAAUACUAGGGCAGCAGACUUGCCUGUUGUUUUACCACGACCCUGCUCUUCCCACCUCAGAAUCCCACGCCCAAAUAUGUCCAUGGGCAUUCAUUCCUCACAAAAUCGACAAAAUGCACCUGCGCCCAAUGUCAGUGGAAUCAACCUGGUCGCCCUCGACGGGCACAAUCCGGAUCAGUUGUCUGGGUUGAAACUCGAUGCUGCGUCAAGAAGAAAUGCAUGUGUGUACUAUCUACCUACCUGGUGGCGGAAAUCUGAUCCAGCAGUUUUAAACUCCCGUCCCGAUCGACCGAACCCUUGGUCCUAAUAGGGACAAUGUCUGAACGUCGAGGCAGUACCGACCUCGAAGCGCACAUAAAGCCGGGGCCAAGUACCGUGACUUGAGGCUGCCUGCCAUCGAGUGUGUGCACACC